CGAGAGCGGCCCGGAGGCAGCAGUCGAGCCGGGUUCUGCGCGCCCGCCCCCUUCCUCCGCCCCUCCCAGCGCUCGGGUCUCCAGCCGGCGGAGAUGAGGCUGCGGCGGCCGCGGCUCCGGCAGCCCCGGCGGUGGCUGCGGUGGGGGCGGCCGGAACCCGGGCCUUGAGGCGCGGCGGCGGCGGAGGAGGCAGCGCUGCCCCGGCCGCUGCACGGGCUCCCCUUCCUCUUUAGCGCAGUCAGGAAGUUUGGCGCCCUGUGCAUGUGUGCGCGUGAGUGUGGGUGUGCGCGGCCAGCUCGGGUAGCGUUUCUGCAGGCGCCGGGCUUUUUUGCCCGCGUCGCUUCCCGUAAGCCAGCCGCCGCGGAGCUUGGGCUGUGGCCGGAGGAGGGGGCGCGGCGGCGGGCGCUCUCCUUUUGUUGUUGUUUCCUCUGCUUGGAAAGCUUCAAGGGGACGCGCCUGGGUGGGGCGGCUCGCAGCCCGGGCCUGCUGGCCCCCGGGGCUCCCGGGCGGCCGGGGUAGCUAGAGGAGAGCGGGCUUCAACAUGAUGGCGGCCGAGGCCGGCAGUGAGGAAGGCGGCCCGGCGACCGCGGGGGCCGGAGGAGGCGCGGCCGCGGGCUCCAGUGCCUACCCGGCGGCGUGCCGGGUCAAGUUUCCCGCGGCCCUGCCGGUGGGCGCCGCCCCCUGCCCAGGGCUGGCCGACACCGACCUGGCUGCGGCCCUGGGCGGUGGAGCCACGUUGGGGUCCGGGUUCCUUGGGACGGGGCCUGUGGCGGGUGUCCUGGGGGGCGCCGCGCUGCCCGGCGGUGCUGCUGCUAGCGUGGCGGGUGCUGCUGCUGCCGGACCUGCCGGAGAUGUUGCUUUCACCAAGGGGACUCUGUCGUUGGCUGCUGAGACCCUCGGGCCGGGUGGCGGGUUCCCUCCUCUGCCGCCGCCUCCUCUGCUGCCCCCUUUGGGCUCCGGCCUGGGGACGGUGGAUGAAGGUGACUCCCUGGAUGGACCAGAAUAUGAGGAGGAAGAGGUGGCCAUACCGCUGACCGCACCUCCAACUAACCAGUGGUAUCAUGGAAAACUCGAUAGAACCAUAGCAGAAGAACGCCUCAGGCAGGCAGGAAAGUCUGGAAGCUACCUUAUACGAGAGAGCGAUCGGAGGCCGGGGUCCUUUGUACUUUCAUUUCUUAGCCAGACAAAUGUCGUCAACCAUUUUAGGAUUAUUGCUAUGUGUGGCGAUUACUACAUUGGUGGAAGGCGUUUUUCUUCACUUUCAGACUUAAUAGGUUAUUACAGUCAUGUUUCUUGUUUACUUAAAGGAGAAAAAUUACUCUAUCCAGUUGCACCACCAGAGGCAAUAGAAGAUAGAAGACGUGUUCGAGCCAUUCUACCCUAUACAAAAGUACCAGAGACUGAUGAAAUAAGUUUCUUAAAAGGAGAUAUGUUCAUUGUUCACAAUGAAUUAGAAGAUGGAUGGAUGUGGGUUACAAAUCUAAGAACAGAUGAACAAGGCCUUAUUGUUGAAGACCUAGUAGAAGAGGUGGGCCGGGAAGAAGAUCCACAUGAAGGCAAAAUAUGGUUCCAUGGGAAGAUUUCCAAACAAGAAGCUUAUAAUUUAUUAAUGACAGUUGGCCAGGUCUGCAGCUUUCUUGUGAGGCCUUCAGAUAAUACUCCUGGUGAUUAUUCCCUGUAUUUUCGGACCAAUGAAAAUAUUCAGCGAUUUAAAAUUUGUCCAACACCUAAUAACCAGUUUAUGAUGGGAGGCCGAUAUUAUAACAGUAUUGGGGACAUCAUAGAUCACUACCGGAAAGAACAGAUUGUUGAAGGCUAUUAUCUUAAGGAGCCUGUACCAAUGCAGGAUCAAGAACAAGUACUCAAUGAUACUGUCGAUGGAAAGGAAAUCUACAAUACAAUUCGUCGUAAAACAAAGGAUGCCUUUUAUAAAAACAUUGUUAAGAAAGGUUACCUCCUGAAGAAGAGCAAAGGAAAACGCUGGAAAAAUUUAUAUUUUAUCUUAGAGGGCAGUGAUGCCCAACUUAUUUAUUUUGAAAGUGAAAAACGAGCUACAAAACCAAAAGGGUUAAUAGAUCUCAGUGUAUGUUCCGUCUACGUUGUCCAUGAUAGUCUGUUUGGCAGGCCAAACUGUUUUCAGAUAGUAGUUCAACACUUUAGUGAAGAACAUUACAUCUUUUACUUUGCAGGAGAAACUCCAGAACAAGCAGAGGAUUGGAUGAAAGGUUUGCAAGCAUUUUGCAGUUUACGAAAAAGUAGCCCAGGGACAUCUAAUAAACGUCUUCGUCAGGUCAGCAGCCUUGUUUUACAUAUUGAAGAAGCCCACAAGCUCCCAGUAAAACACUUUACUAAUCCAUAUUGUAACAUCUACCUGAAUAGCGUCCAAGUAGCAAAAACUCAUGCAAGGGAGGGGCAAAACCCAGUAUGGUCAGAGGAGUUUGUCUUUGAUGAUCUUCCUCCUGACAUCAAUAGAUUUGAAAUCACGCUUAGUAAUAAAACAAAGAAAAGCAAAGAUCCAGAUAUCUUAUUUAUGCGUUGCCAGUUGAGCAGGUUACAGAAAGGACAUGCCACAGAUGAAUGGUUUCUGCUCAGCUCCCAUAUACCACUAAAAGGUAUUGAACCAGGAUCCCUGCGUGUUCGAGCACGAUACUCUAUGGAAAAAAUCAUGCCAGAAGAAGAGUACAGUGAAUUUAAAGAGCUUAUACUACAAAAGGAACUUCAUGUAGUCUAUGCUUUAUCACAUGUAUGUGGACAAGACCGGACACUACUUGCCAGCAUCCUACUGAAGAUUUUUCUUCAUGAAAAGCUUGAAUCAUUGUUGUUGUGCACACUAAAUGACAGAGAGAUAAGUAUGGAAGAUGAAGCCACUACCCUAUUUCGAGCUACAACACUUGCUAGUACCUUGAUGGAGCAGUAUAUGAAAGCCACUGCCACACAAUUUGUUCAUCAUGCUCUGAAAGACUCCAUUUUAAAAAUAAUGGAAAGCAAGCAAUCAUGUGAGUUAAGUCCAUCAAAGUUAGAAAAGAAUGAAGAUGUGAACACUAAUUUAGCACACCUAUUGAACAUACUUUCAGAGCUUGUGGAGAAAAUAUUCAUGGCUUCAGAAAUACUCCCACCGACACUGAGAUAUAUUUAUGGGUGUCUGCAGAAAUCUGUUCAGCGUAAGUGGCCUACAAAUAACACCAUGAGAACAAGAGUUGUUAGUGGUUUUGUUUUUCUUCGGCUUAUCUGCCCUGCUAUCCUGAGUCCACGGAUGUUUAAUAUCAUUUCAGAUUCCCCAUCUCCUAUUGCUGCAAGAACACUGACAUUAGUGGCUAAGUCUGUGCAGAAUUUAGCAAACCUUGUGGAAUUUGGAGCAAAGGAACCUUAUAUGGAAGGUGUUAAUCCAUUCAUCAAAAGCAAUAAACAUCGCAUGAUCAUGUUUUUAGAUGAACUUGGGAAUGUACCUGAACUUCCGGACACUACAGAACAUUCUAGAACUGACCUGUCUCGUGACUUAGCAGCCCUGCAUGAGAUUUGUGUAGCUCAUUCAGAUGAACUGAGAACACUCAGUAAUGAGCGUGGUGCACAGCAGCAUGUACUGAAAAAACUUCUGGCUAUAACAGAACUGCUUCAACAAAAACAAAACCAGUAUACAAAAACCAACGAUGUCAGGUAGCAGCCUGGUGUUCUGCAUGGAUCAGCACCCCAACAUGGAAUUCACAUCACUAUGUCUCCUUUGCUCUUGCCAAAAAAUAAAAAAUAAAAAAAAAGAGAAAGAAAAAAAUUAGCACACCUUUCCACAUUCCAGUGAUGUGUAAGCUAUGCAAACAAAAACCCAAGAUUCUGCUGGCUAGUAACUGCCAGCACCUUUGUAAGCUAUCUGUGCAGAAUAUUUGCACUUUUUCCACAUGGAAUCUUUACCAAACUCUGAGCCUUGGUGUACAGUUCAACUUUCACAAUAAAGAAAAAAAGCUAUGUCUUGAACUUUGAAAAUAUAUUUUCAGUAUAUCCAAUUGCCAAAGUUUUGUUGUCUUUUGGAAAACGAACUAUGAAAUCAACUGACAAGAAAACGCAUUCUAUUGACAACAGAAUUUAACUGGAUUGCAGACUGUUCUUACUUCUUACGAAUAUGACCAUUUGACUGUUCACUGAAUUUAUUUGUAUUUACAGUUUCCAGAGUUUGACAUUAUAAUAGGAACAAUCUUGCUGUAUACUUUUUAAAAAUACUGUGCUAUUCUUCCUGGAACUGUUGAAAGACAAUAUAUAGAAUGGAUGAAUAUAUGCUCAUCAGCUUUAUUUUUUAAACAUACCACUUAUUUUGUUGGAAUUGUCAAAGACUGUAUUUAGAUUUCAUGGUUUUGUUAAAAUGUUUACAACAAGUAAAUAGUUUAAAUUCAAUAAAUAUUAUUGGUCAUUGUACCAAUCAAUGCAUGUUACCCAUUUGACCAUUUUAUAGAUUACUGAUGUCUUUUAUGUUUAGACAAACUGCUAGAAUACUUGUGUCUAUCCUAAGAUGAUUUUGUUUUUGUUACUGUAUUAUGCAGACAACCUCAUCAGCCACUUAACAACUUAUACAUCUUUGAACUUCUUGUACGUGUUUUACUGCUGGAUAAUUUAGUUUGUAUAGUUCAUCUGUUCUUAUGUUUGUAUUUUUGUGAAGUAUCAUAUAUCACAGGGUUAAGUUAAAAUAAACCAAGGGAUAGCUUGCAUAAUUAAUCAUCUUACUAUUUAACUUCAUUCUAAUUUUCCUUCUGCACUAGUUCAAGCUUUACUAUCAGAAUAAAGCCCAGGAGGAUUUUUAUUAGUUUCUUUCACAAAGGAUUUUAUUUAUUCACUCACUGUACAACUUGUUAAGCAACAUGUCUUGUGCUGAAGACUUAAAAAAAAAAAAAAACAAUCUGUAUCAAACUGUCCUUAGUAAUCAACGUAGGUUUUUGUUUGUUUAAAAAGAAUCACCAAGGAAGGUAUUAAUAAACUGUUCCCUCAAUAAACAUGUUUUCCUGAAGGCCUAGAUUCCAAAAAUACUUGAUUGCAUUCCUCAGAGAUACUGUAUAUAGUGAAAGAGGUUAAAUAAUUAAGGGUUUAUUUCCCUUUGCUGAGGAACAAACUGAAGAGGCCUCAAUGUAUUCUUUCGAAAGGUGUUAAAUACUACCAUUGAGAGAUUUCCCUGGCUUAAAUAUGGGUCUGAAUGUAGCCAUAAAACUAAAUUACUGCCCUUAUUUAGCUUCAGCCAGAUUAACUGUAGUAACAGAAACAAAAAAAAAAAAAAAACACAAGACUGUUUUGCUUUGUAAUCAAUGCAGUCCCUUUCUCUCCAUAAUCCAUUAUAGUUCCUGUUCUAAUUGGCUGCACUAUGACCGUAACUCAUCUUAUUUCCUUGGUUUGCAAGGUGGAAGGGCUACAGACUGUUUAAUGUAGAUAAGGACUUUCAAAGAUAGGUCAAGGUCCAAACUCUAGUUUAAAGCAUUUUAGUUUAUCCUCACUAAUUGUACUUGACUGUUCAGCCAUGAUGAUAAGUCUUUCAGAUUUAUCAUUCCUGACAUGUUCAUGUCUUAAAUUGGAGUGGGAAGCUUGUUUCUUACCUUCAUGGGCCCUGUAGUAGCUAGGUGGUUAGUGGCGAAAUUAUACCUUUCAAACUUUUUGCUUUUAAACUGGGGCCGGGUAGAAAAUUUUCAGAGGUACAUAUGAACCCUGCUUUGGUGUCAAACUUUAGUGUUCUAAAAGAAAAACAGAAGACACACUGAGCAUUUGCAGUUAUGUCUAUAGUCUAUCAUGUUGCUUAACUUGAACUAUACUUGGGCGUAUAUGCUUUGGUUUUCAGUCUAUUAUAAAGCAUUACAUUUUAUCACUUUUACUCCACAACAAAGAAAAUAGCAGAAACUCAAGCCAUACAAGUAAUUAUUAGAGAUGAACAUGAGCAUAAAUCACCAUAUUUUAGACAGAACUAAAAUGCUACCUACCCUCUUGGGAAAUGUAUCCUUGAGUAUGUAAAGCUGGGUGGAUUUUGGGUAGAUUUACAUUUGAGGUAGUUGAGUUUCAUAGUUUCUUCAAGGCAGUUUUUGUGGGGGGAGGGGAGUAAAGACAAAGCCAAAAAAACAGAAACCAAAACAAAACACUGGCCUAAUAAACACAUACCUAUCUGUACUUUGGUCCUAAGGUAGUAUCUACUACUUGCUACACUACGACAGUGUUAACAAACAACAAAUACAUGCACUGCUGUGGGUAGGCCUACCAGGAGUAGGCAUCAUGAUCAUCUCCAUUUCUACUUGGCUAGACUAGUACACUGAAGUAUAAUUCAUGAUAGUCACAGAUAAACAAAGGUAUAUCUAAAUAAUCUAAUUCCAUGUUGUGGGUUUUUAUAUUAUUUCAUUUUUAAGCUUUUGAAUAUUAUUUCAUCUACAAAUUUCUAGUGACAGUAAUGCCUAUUUUAUAUGGAUUCACUUAUAAAUCAUUUAAUGAUAAAACUGACUAUAAUUUGCUAUAACUUACCUGUGGUUAAGAU